AUGGACGCUCGACCCCAAAGACCUUCACGAUCGACUCAAGCCAAUACUAAUGGUGAUGAGAACGUCGCACCUUUAAUUACCAAACAACAAUCAACUCUACAUCAAAAACACAAGUCCACAGGAGCCUUAACCAAUAUGUUAGCAGUCGGAGGACUCAAGGCUGCUGCCAAGAGGACUGCAUUUGGAGAUGUUAGCAAUACCGCAAAGACUUUGACUACUAUUCGGGACGAGUCUGCCGUUAAUGGCAAGUCUGUCGAAACCAUUAAGCCUAUUGCUACUCAGGAUAAGUCAGCUGCACUUUCAAAGCCAGCACAACGACCACUCAACAAUGCCCUCAAAGCACCAUUAGCUACAUCUACUUCCGAACAACCUUCUAUUGCUCCACUUCAAAAACAACCUCAAGCAAAUAACACCAAGCGCAAUACUUUGGCUAAGAAGGGUGCUGUUUACAAGGAUAGCGAAAAUGAAAACAUUCAACCGCUUGCGCAAAAGCCAACUGCCUCGACUAGUUCAGCUCAACAAACCCUCGGCCCCAGACAUGCUAAGAGUCAACCUGAGAUCAAGGCCGAGCAACCGCUUUUACGACGAACACAGAGCAAGCAGUUGAACAAUGCUGUCGACAAUGCCGAGCCCACAAUCUACCACAACGCUUCGGAACAUCCUCUGAAGGAGAACGUCAACGAAUCUCACCUCCGAUCUAUCAAGGAAAAGGAUGAGUCUGCUAUCGCCGAGAAGUUGAAGUCACAAAAGCAAUCACCAGCUGCACCAAUUGCACCAAUUGCACCAAUUGCACCAAUUGCUUCCGAACCCGAAGAAUAUUGGCCCGAGGACGAAGAAGAGACCUAUGACGACCAAGGCUAUACAACUGCCCAUUCCUUCCGAGGGGAGAAUACCACUGGAGGAGCGACUACGGUUAUCGUCCCAAAAGUCACAAACAAAGUUAAGAAAGAGCUUGAGGAUGCCAAGAUUCUUGUCGAGUCUGUUCGAACCCAAGAUGAUAUCGAGGACGAGAUGUGGGAUACCAGCAUGGUGGCUGAGUAUGGCGAAGAGAUCUUCUCAUACAUGAGAGAGCUUGAGAACAAACUUCUUCCCGACCCACACUACAUGGACACACAAGCAGAGAUUCAAUGGUCAAUGCGAUCUGUUUUGAUGGAUUGGUUGAUUCAGGUUCACCAACGAUUCUCUCUACUACCCGAGACCCUCUUCCUUUGCGUCAACUACAUUGAUAGAUUCCUUUCGAAGAAGGUUGUUUCGCUUGGCAAGCUUCAAUUGGUUGGUGCUACCGCCAUCUUUGUUGCUGCCAAAUACGAAGAAAUCAACUGUCCUUCCAUCGGAGAGAUCGUCUACAUGGUUGAUGGUGGUUAUAGCAGUGAAGAAAUUCUCAAGGCAGAGCGAUUCAUGCUCAGUAUGCUUCAAUUCGAGUUAGGAUGGCCUGGACCAAUGAGCUUUCUUCGUCGCAUCAGUAAGGCUGAUGAUUAUGAUCUUGAAACUCGAACAUUGGCCAAGUACUUCUUGGAGGUCACCAUCAUGGAUGAAAGAUUUGUCGGUAGCCCACCAAGUUUUGUUGCUGCAGCGUGCCAUGCUGUUUCUAGGUUCAUGCUCAGCAAAGGUGAUUGGUCUCCAGCUCAUGUUUACUACUCUGGCUAUACUUGGAAUCAGUUGAAGCCAGUGGUUGCCUUGGUUAUUGAGUGCUGCGAGAAUGCUCGAAAACACCAUGCUGCUGUCUUUGAGAAAUAUUCCGAUCGCCGUUACAAGAGAGCAUCUACUUACGUUGAGGAUCAAAUGAUCAAGGGCUUUCAAAUUCCGGGUAUCAAUCGCCGCCGACAAUCUACAUCUGUUCCAGCCCCUCUACGCCUCGAUUCUCAAUACCAAAAUGUUACAUUUGACCCAUUGUUGUCCAUCGAGGAGAACUCUCAGCGAAUGGUUCAGGCAAGAACCUAA